AUAAAGUUAAAAUGGCAGUGAAAGUAAUUUGCACCAUUGAUUGAGGUAUUCUCUUUACUUAAGUGUCAGUUCAUUAGUAUGAGCUGUUCUUUAGAAUUUAGAAUUCUUUAGAAUGUUGAAUAGUCAAUAGCAGGGUUUUCUGCUUUUGAAAAUUUACAACUCUGUUAAAACUGAAAAUGGGUGUGUUUCUUUUGAAAAUAUUGUCUGAUUGCUGUGCUGUAGUUUGUAGCUUGAUGUUCCCCUUUUCCAGGGAGAAUCCUGAACCAACCUAUCAUGAACACACUCUCUGCCAUUUCCUUAAUCCUUUUUUGGGGAAAACUCUUUUAUAAUAACAACUGUUGGUGAACCAUUCAUCACAAAACUCUUAUAAUUGUGUGGAAGAGAUACAGUGACUUUAAGAAACUAUACAAAGAACUGUGGCAAAUUCACAAAAACUUAUUCUGCCAUUCAGAAUUAUUUCCUCCGUUUGCUAAAGGAAAAGUGUUUGGACGAUUUGAUGAAACUGUUAUUGAAGAGAGGAGACAGUGUGCUGAAGACCUGCUACAGUUCUCUGCUAAUAUUCCCGCUCUUUAUAACAGUAAACAUCUUGAAGAUUUUUUCAAGGGUGGAAUAAUUCAUGAUGGUUCUGAAUUGAUUGGCCCUGUUGAAGUUUUUUCGGAUUCCCUCACUGAAAGCUUUCCUGAGUGUAGUACGGAAGGCGUCUCCAGUGACAGUGACCUUAUAUCCCUUACUGUUGAUGUGGAUUCUCUUGCUGAGUUAGAUGAUGGAAUGGCUUCCAAUCAAAAUUCUCCCAUCAGAACUUUUGGUCUCAAUCUUCCUUCGGAUCCUUCGGCACUAGGGGCUUUUGCUUAUGACAGCGAGCAGAACAAAACAGAAGAAGAGCGGGAAAUUCGUAGCAUCUUCCCUGGCAGUUUAAAAUCCAAGCUUGGCAAGAGAAGUUAUUUGGAGAAGGCAGGAGAAUUAAUAAAGCUGGCUCUGAAAAAGGAAGAAGAAGACGACUAUGAAGCUGCUUCUGAUUUUUAUAGGAAGGGAGUUGAUUUACUCCUAGAAGGUGUUCAAGGAGAGUCCAGCCCUAGCCGGCGAGAAGCUGUGAAGAAAAGAACAGCAGAGUAUCUCAUGCGGGCCGAGAGCCUCUCGAGCUUUUACAGAAAACCUCGGUUGGAUGAUGCAUCUCAGCCUCCAGGAUCACUAAGUUCAAGGCCCCCUUGGAACCUAAGGAGCCCUGCCGAGGAGCUGAAGGCCUUCAGAGUCCUUGGGGUGAUUGACAAGGUUUUACUUGUAAUGGACACAAGGACAGAACAGACAUUCAUUUUAAAAGGUCUAAGGAAGAGCAGUGAAUACAGCAGGAACAGAAAGACCAUCAUCCCCCGCUGCGUGCCCAACAUGGUGUGUCUGCACAAGUACAUCGUUUCCGACGAGUCGGUUUUCCUUGUGCUGCAGCACGUAGAAGGUGGCAAACUCUGGUCAUAUAUCAGUAAAUUUCUAAACAGAAGUCCUGAAGAAAGCUUUGACAUCGAGGAGGUGAAAAAAUCUGCACUUACUAAAGUUCACCUGCAGCAGCCAACUUCUAGUCUUCAGGACAGCAGCAGCUUUGAAUCCAGAGGAAGCGAUGGUGGGGCCAUGCUUCAAGUUCUACCUUUGAAGACUAGUCUUACCCAGAGCUCUCAAGAUGAUAGCAACCAAGACGAUGAUGGCCAAGAUAGCUCUCCAAAGUGGCCAGACUCUGGCUCAAGUUCAGACGAAGAAUGCACUACUAGCUAUUUAACAUUAUGCAAUGAAUAUGGGCAAGAGAAGAUUGAACCAGGGUCACUGAGUGAGGAGCCUUUCACGAAGACUGAAGGAAAUGGUGCUGAUACCAAAGCUGCUGAAGGCUUCCCGGCGCACCUUGCUGCUGACAGUGACAGCCCCAGCACUCAGCGGAUAGCUCAUGAGCUUAAAUUCUUCCCUGGAAACGAUGACCUGGAAGCAGUAAGCUCUCCAAGGACAUCAGAUUCCCUCAGUAGAUCUAAAACCAGCCCCAUGGAAUUCUUUAGGAUAGACAGUAAGGACAGCACUAGUGAACUCCUAGGACUUGAUUUUGGAGAAAAAAUCUAUAGUCUAAAGUCAGAGCCUUUGAAACCAUUUUUUACUCUUUCAGAUGGAAACAGGAGUUUUAAUAUUAGUGAAAGCAAGGUUAUAGCUCAGGACACUAUUAGCAGGGGCUCAGAUGACUCUGUCCCAGUUAUUUCUUUUAAAGAUGCUGCUUUUGAUGAUAUCAGUGGUACUGAUGAAGGAAGGCCUGAUCUUCUUGUAAACCUACCUGGUGAAUUGGAGCCAACAAAAGAUGGUGCAGCAAUGGGGCCUACUAAGUUUACACAGACUAAUGCAGGCAUAAUAGAAAGUAAACUGUUGGAAGCCCCCGAUGUUUUAUGCCUUAGGCUCAGUGCUGAACAGUGCCAAGCACAAGAGGAAGGCUCAGAGGAAGUGAGCGGUCCCUCUAGGCUUCCAUCUCAUGGUAUAACCGAAAAACACUAUGUGCAGGGGGGUCCUGGGAUGCUAUUUGUAGCUGCUGUUGAUCAUAGUGGUUCAGGAGACAUGUCCUCGAUACACAGCCUGGAUCCUAACUUUCAAGGACUUGGAGUGGUCGAGCCGUUGGUGACUGCACAUGAUGCAGGAGAAAGCUUAUUCCCUGCUUCUGACCCACUCUCAGGUGCUCGUGAGCACAGUGCAGACACGGGCACCAUAAACGCUGAAGAGGUAUUGCUGUUCACAGAUCAAGCUGAUGGCUUGGCUGAAGAGGAACCGGCUGUAUUUCAGAGAGAUUCUGUGACUAGGGGAGCGAGUGGGCUAGCCCUGGAAGGAGACAAGGAGAUACAUCGGAUUUUUGAGGACCUCGAUAAAAAAUUAGCACUGAACUCCAGGUUUUACAUCCCAGAGGGCUGUAUUCAGAGAUGGGCAGCUGAAAUGGUGGUAGCCCUUGAUGCUUUACACAGAGAGGGAAUUGUGUGCCGCGAUUUGAACCCAAACAACAUCUUAUUGAAUGAUAGAGGACACAUUCAGCUAACGUAUUUUAGCAGGUGGAGUGAGGUUGAAGAUUCCUGUGACAGCGAUGCCAUAGAGAGAAUGUACUGUGCCCCAGAGGUUGGAGCAAUCACUGAAGAGACUGAAGCUUGUGAUUGGUGGAGUUUGGGUGCUGUCCUCUUUGAACUUCUCACUGGCAAGACUCUGGUUGAGUGCCAUCCAGCAGGAAUAACUACUCACACUACUUUGAACAUGCCAGAAUGUGUCUCUGAAGAGGCUCGCUCACUCAUUCAACAGCUCUUGCAGUUCAACCCUCUGGAGCGUCUCGGUGCUGGAGUCGCUGGUGUUGAAGAUAUAAAAUCUCACCCAUUUUUUACCCCUGUGGACUGGGCAGAACUGAUGCGAUGAACAUGAUGCGGGGCCAUCUGCACACAUGCUGAUCUUCUCUGGGACAGGCGUCCCCAGCACAGAGGCAGCUUGGCCUCGGGGUCGUGGAGCAGCAAAGCUUGGGCUGAAGACCUUUAGAGGAAAUGCGGAUAAAAAGGCUAACAUACAAUUCCUCUCAGUCACCCUCUGGACAAGAUACUGGCUACAUCUGCAAGAGGCUGUUUUGUACAAACCUUUAACCAAGGUGUGACCUUUAUUUUAUCUGCAUUUAGUGUUGCAGAUGAGUUGUGAACCCAACUGAAAGGAACGCCCACCCAGAACUUCCUUUGGUCUGAAGUGCCAAGUGUACAGCCGAGUGUUACUUGAAAGAAGGACCUGUACGUGGCAGCUAACCAUGCUCUCUGCUGGCCAGGAUUGGUCUGCGGGAUCAAAUUGCCAUUUGUUGAAUAAUACAUAAAAAGUGCUUCAUGAAUAAUGUCAUCUGUGAAGAUUAAAAAGUGAGGAAAAAUGAAUAUACUCAUCAUGUCUGAUAGGAAACACGCACCAGGAUUCUGUAUAAUUACUGUAUGUUGAAUGUGGUCUUAAACUGUCUCAUACUUUCAGAAGUCCACGUGGGAGGAAAACAUGUCACGGCGUCAGCUUUGUACUUGGUUGGUUGGUACUGCUCAUGGAAGGGUUCAGACAAACUCUUUCUCUCUCCAGCUUUGUCUUUCCACUUCCAACACCCCGGCCUAUUCUCCCAUAUUCUGCUCUUCUUACCCUUACUAAUCCAUAUGCAACAAAAAGGGGAGAGGGAGUCUUUAUGUCCCCAGAUUGUAUCAACCUAAUAAGGACAAAUCAUGAUGUAAAAUAAACAUGGUAAAAAUUUAAAUCUGUCCUUCAUUUAAUUGCCUAAGUUUUUUGUGGUUGUUUUUUUAAGAAAGCCCUCUCCUCCUAUCAUAUUGGAAUGUUAGCAAUUUCUACAUCUUAUGCUUGACUUUGUUUUAGUUUUUGGCUUGGUAUAUGAAGAACCAAAGCAUCUCAUCUAAAUGGAAUUGAAUGGCAAUCCUAUUUUGUUACUUAGAGUGACAGGAUUUCCAGAUUGACCUCCUAAUCUACUUGACAUUGUGCAGAAAGAAAAUGAGUAUUUGCACAUCUCCAAACAUUUGUAUUAUUUUUUUAUGUUGCUAAGAUAGAUCCUGGGGUUAUGCAUUGUUUACAACAAUUUACAAAUGUUUUAAAAGUGUUAAUGUAUUUUUUUUUAAACUUUAUUUAAAGAAAAAAGAAUAAGUCACAUUUCCAAGUUAGGAGCUACCAGAAAUAAUGAAAGCUUUCUGUAUGUUCCAGUCCUUUGUAUUUUCGAGAUGUGUGUGAGAGCCCACCCCUAUUCCAAGAGCAUCUGCCAUCUGCCAUCGGCCAGGUCCUCUCAUCAAAUUAAAUGGAAGCAGAAAAUGCUUUAGUGAAACAAAGGAAAUGUGCAAGCAUUUUUUUCCUUUUCUCUUAUCCUACUCCCCCUUUUUCCUUUUUGGUCCCCUUAUAACCUGAACCCCAGCUAAAGGGCUGCAACAACACCAGGAUGGGGAGCAGGUCACCAGGAUCAUAGCUCACUCGAUGACAUCACCCCCUGAAACUGGAUUUCAGUUCACUAGCCCCCUGGCCUCAUAACAGGAACUCACGCAGGUGAGACACAAGAAUGACUUCCUGGUAGGACUCGUAGGAAAUCUGCAAGUACUUAGAGCUGGCCGCGACGGGGCUUCCUUCCAGAAGUGCCCUAUGACAUGAAAGUAGGACUUCACAACUAAGGUGAAGCUCCCAGCCCUACCACAUGACUUUGGUCCCUUGGAUUCAGAGGACAGUAAUGUCAACAGAUGGUUGCUGUGUCAGUGUGUUGACACAAUUUCACUGCUCCAACUUCUGUCUUUUUCUCUCUAUGUUUGGUCGGAACUUGUGCUUAAUGUAAAUGCAUUAUUCAUAAUCAUGGUGGGCAUUUGUUAUUUUAGUAAUGAACACACAGGAUAAAUGGCUUUGGGUUGAUGAACCCACGUCUGUUUUUAUUUGAUGGUGUGUAUUAGAAAUAUUAAUAUUUCUAAUGCUGUGGCCGAUACCUCUCUUCUGUUAUUUGUAUUUUUUUGAGCGUAUGUCAUAUGGGUCAAAAUCAUAAAAGAACUUGCCACUUA